ACCAAGCUUCCAACCAAGCAGAGCAAGAGCGAGACGCGGAGCCAGAGCCACCGCGUUCCGGAGAGACACGCGGAGAGCGAAGGCAGCCGCCGCGACGAUGUGGAGCUCGGACUCCGACCGCGACGAGCAGCCCGUCGACACGGCGACCACCACCACCACCUCGUCGCCGGCGCAGCAGCCGUCGACGCCGCCCGCGCCGCCUCGGCGCCGGCGCCAGCGCGCGCGACGCCGCGCCCAGCGCCUCCGUGCCAAGAACACCGGCGCAGGAGAGGAGGAGGAGGAGGCCGAGGCGGAGGACGUCUGGCGUGGGCUGCAGCAGCAGCAGCGGGAGCGGGAACGGGAGGCGUGGCCGCGGCGGGCGUCGAGGCCCGUGGUGGUUGCCGCCGGCGAGGAGGGGUCCCCGGACGCCGCUUCUGCCACCUCAGGGGAGAGCGUCGGCGGGAUGGGGAGGGCGCGGAGCCUGACCGACGACGACCUGGAGGAGCUCAAGGGGUGCGUGGAUCUGGGCUUCGGCUUCAGCUACCACGAGAUCCCCGAGCUCUGCGGCACGCUGCCGGCGCUCGAGCUCUGCUACUCCAUGAGCCAGCGCUUCUUGGACGAACACCAGCAGCUCAGCAAGGCGGCGGAGGAGGCGCCGGCGCUGGCUCCGGCCUCGCCAGCGCAGCCCGUCGCCACCAACUGGAAGAUCUCCAGCCCUGGCGACAGCCCGGACGAGGUGAAGGCGAGGCUCAAGUACUGGGCGCAGGCGGUGGCGUGCACUGUCAGGCUCUGCAGCUGAUCGAUCAAUGGCGCCACCAUCAAUUUUGCCAAGAAACUUGCUACAGGACGAGGAUGAAAGAAACACAGGGCAUCUGCUCAACUUGCAGCAAUCGUGGCACCGCCGGACCAACCUGCAACAAGAGCAUCCCAUGCUGCAUCCAAACCAAGAUGCUUGGACUCUGCAUCGCAUCGGAGCGUCACGAUGAUCAUUCAUUCAUUCAUCCAUCAGACAGAAGCACAGAGACAGAGUUGUGAAUUCAGAUCUUGCUCGAAAUUUUUUGCUGAGAUAUGUGCAGGAAAGGAGGGAUAGAGAAAGGGAGAGGGGGCCAGGUCACCAACAGCCAUUGUCUGAUGUUGUACUCUACUGACACGAAUCCUUGAUUCUCGCCUUAAUUUUUGCUCAUGUAAAACAACACCACACCUGUGUAAAAUAUACUCAUGAAUCCUGAUUGGAUCAGAAAUAAUCGCAUAAUUCCACUCCACGCUGA